AUGAAUGGAGAUGUGAGCAUUCGUUCGGGCGCCUCGGACCGGCCGCCAAGUCGUACCGAGAAUGCUGAGAGGAAACGCAUCCACUGGGCACCAUUGAAUGUUGGACUUGAACGACGUCUGCAAACAUUUGUGGUUUUAUGCCACACUCUCACCAUCGCCAUUUUCCUAACCAGCUUCUUCUUUACAUGUGCUAUUCCCUUGUUUUGGCCGCUUCUGUUGCCAUACUUGGUCUAUAUCUCGCUAUUCUCGACGGCACCUACGUCAGGCGAACUCAAGGGCCGAAGUCCGUUCUUGAAGUCGCUUCCCAUCUGGAAGCUUUAUGCAUCCUAUUUUCCAGCCCGUCUCCAUCGCGAGGAGCCUCUACCCCCAACUAAGAAGUACAUCUUUGGCUACCAUCCCCAUGGCAUCAUUUCCCACGGAGCCUUUGCAGCGUUCGGAACCGAAGCGCUGGGUUUCUCUAAACUUUUUCCGGGAAUUACCAACACCCUCUUGACUCUAGACUCCAACUUUCGGAUUCCAUUCUAUCGCGAGUAUGCGCUUGCGAUGGGAUUGGCGAGCGUGUCUCGGGAGUCAUGCGAAAAUCUCCUGACCAAAGGGGGUAUCGACGGCGAAGGUAUGGGACGGGCAAUCACCAUUGUCAUCGGUGGGGCCCGUGAAUCCCUCAAUUCUCAACCAAACACCUUGCGUCUCGUCCUCAAACGGCGUAAAGGAUUCAUCAAACUCGCUAUCCGAACCGGCGCCGAUCUGGUCCCUGUUCUGGCCUUUGGAGAGAAUGAUCUUUAUGAACAGGUGCAUUCAGAUCAGCAUCCAAUUAUUCAUAAGCUCCAAAUGCUCGUGAAGCGUACUAUGGGAUUUACGAUCCCUUUGUUUCAUGCCCGAGGGGUUUUCAACUAUGAUGUGGGACUAAUGCCUUACCGACGUCCCCUCAACAUCGUGGUCGGUAGAGCGAUCCCAGUGAUGCAACAAUCCAAUCGAGACAAGAUUAAUGACAGCUAUAUUGACGAACUUCAUGGCCGUUAUGUCCAAGAGCUCCAACGGCUCUGGGAUCAAUGGAAGGAUGUAUACGCGAGAGACAGGACGGGUGAACUAGAAAUCAUUGCGUGA